ACCAACCGUAUAACAUUGUUAUACAUACAGAUACCCGAGUGAUUAAAGCAGCUGGCGCCCGAAAAAUCAAUAAACUUACCAAACUUCUACGUGGACAGUGAUAUUUCAGUGAAAAUGCGCAAUAUGUUGUCCCGGUCGCAAAGUCUUAAAAUGCUGAUUUACAUGCUCCUUCUGGUGUCGGGGGGCUCGCAGGUGCAGUCCUAUGGCUCGAAGGAUAACAUUUUCGCUGAUGUUCUGCUAACGGAUCUGCUCAAUCGCAUGGAUAACGACAUGCAGGUAGGCUACUACGAUGUGGACAAUGAUGGCGAUAUGGCAGCCGUUGCGCCCAAGGACAAUGUGGAUCUCGUCUCUCGAUCAGAGUAUUCCAGGCUGUGCGAUGGCGGCAGCGACUGUGUGCUGCAGUCGGCUGUCAACUCGAAUCCCUCGCUGCGGGAUCACGAAUUCCUGCAGCACAGCUCGCUUUGGGGUCACCAGUUCAUCUCGGGCGGCAUGGGCGAGGGGCCCAACCGGUUCAACAAUAUUGUGAAGAACGAUGCUGGCUUGCCAGCCUACUGCAAUCCACCCAAUCCCUGCCCUGAGGGCUAUGACAUGGACUCCCAGGGAGGCAGCUGCCUAAUGGACUUUGAAAACACGGCCAUCUUCAGUCGCGAGUUCCAGGCUGCCCAGGACUGCACCUGCGACAACGAGCAUAUGUUCGACUGCUCGGAGCAGGACAGUGCCGAUUCUGGCUCGGACAAAGGCGACCUCAACUCGGCCGUGGAGCAGUACAUCCUCCAGAUGGGCCAGGAGAAUAGCCUCAACAAUGUCAACAGUUUGGUAAAGAAGGCCGGCUAUCCGGCCAUGCCCGAUCCACGCAUGGACGCUGUCAUGAAUCCGUUCCUCCAGGGCGAUCGCCUGCCCAUAGCCGCCAAGAAGGGCAACAUGCUCUUCCACUAAGCGAUUGGGUGUUGGGUCCUCACGUAAACUCAUACAUCUACGAAGCAUAUUUAAUUCGUUUUCGGUAUUUGGGUGUCUACUACUAUUAUUAGCUAUCAUAGUUGGUUAUUAAUGUUGUCCCGCUCAGUGGAGCUUCCAAGCAGAGUCUAUACAAAUAUUUACAGUCCCCAUACUACACCACCAAAUAAAGUUAUUCAUAUUAAACGAGGGCUCAAAGCCAGAAACAACAA